GAUUUACAGAGGGGGGUGGAGGACACUGAAUGGAGGCCAGUGGAGGGAUUGGCAGAGAGGGGUGGAGCACACUGAAUGGAGGCCAGUGGAGGGAUUGGAAGAGAGGGGUGGAGGAUACUGAAUGGAGGCCAGUGGAGGGAUUGGCAGAGAGGGGUGGAGGAUACUGAAUGGAGGCCAGUGGAGGGAUUGGAAGAGAGGGGUGGAGGAUACUGAGUGGAGGCCAGUGGAGGGUUUGGCAGAGAGGGGUGGCAGAUACAGAAUGUAUAGUAAGGUGGAGUGAUUGGAUUUGGGGGUGAAAGGACAGAUGGGAGUCUAG